AUGUCAGUCGAUGUUGCUACAAUGAAGGCUGGUAACCUUCACAAGUCCAUUGCCGAAUCUACUUACGAUGAUGACCUUGCACCUAAAUUCCAAGAAUUAUUAGAAAAGGCUGGUUUGACUCCAGAGUCUUUAACAACCAUUAGUUUUGAACCAGAAAAGCAUCUUAGAUAUUACGCACUCGGUGACGAUGUCAGAAAAGAGUUCGAUAACACUCACUCCAUGACAAUGGAAGAGUUGGGACUCUCUGACCCAAAGCAAAUUUCCCAAGUAGGUGUAUCGGAUCCUUUCCCACUAUUCACUGAUGAUGCUAUAGCGAUUAUGAAGGCUGAAAUCUUACAAAAGGAUUUGUUUAUGAAGUUCGCUAGAUACAGUAAUCUUGCUACCUCAGGUUUAGAUUGUGUAAUUAGAGGAUACGUAAAGAAGAACAAAGAUGUAUAUACUCCAUUCGUUCAUGAAGCUUGGACCCACCCAAAGACUGUUGAAUUGAUUUCUAAAAUUUCUGGAGUAGAAUUAGAAGUUAUAAUGGACUACGAAAUUGCUCAUGUAAAUAUGGGUCUUAAGUCGAAAGAAGAUGUUGCAACCGAAAGUGAAGUGAUUAUGGCAGCAAGAACCAGAGCACUCAGUGGUGAAUCUGAUGGUGAAGAUAUUCCUGCAAUCGUGGGCUGGCACCGUGACUCCUAUCCAUUUGUCUGUGUCUUGAUGCUUUCCGAUACUUCUGAGAUGAUUGGAGGUGAAACAUCUUUGCGUUUGGGAGGUGACAAGAAGGGUAAGGUUGUGUCUAUCGAUGGUCCAAAGCUUGGAUAUGGUGCAGUUUUGCAGGGGAGAUUGAUCGAACAUAUUGCUCCUAAACCUUUGGGAGGACUGGAAAGAAUCACUAUGGUAACAUCGUAUAGAGCAAAAGACCCUUUGAAGCACGAUGGAUCAGUUUUGAAAACUGUCAAGCCUGAAUGGAACACCGGAUCCAGGUACAACGAUUUUUACCCAGACUGGAUCAAAUGUAGAUUAGACAUAAUGGAGAAGAGAUUUUCUCAUUUAAAAGAGAAAAUGAUCGAUAGUUCAGGUGAAUUUGAUAAGAAAUUCUGUAUGGAUUACUUGAAGGAGUUGGAAGAGUAUUUAAAGAAUACACAUGAUGAGAUGAUUGUCACGGCUGACGAUAAAAUUGUCUCCAAAGAAGAAUAA